CCAAAGAGGAAACGGAAGCUGCAGCCGGAGGAGGGACAGCCAGCUGAUGCCAUGGCGACGGCGGUGCAAGGCCAUGCCGGUUAUUUGAGCCUGGCGCCGCUGCCCGUGCAGCAGCCGGCGCAUGUCGUGAACUACAGCGUGGCGCGGCCGAGCACGAGCGCGAGCUACUACUCCGCCGCCGCGGUGCCGGGCGCAAUGUCACCCGCGAUGCCUCUGCCGUCGCAGGAGUACUCGGCGUACUACUACUCGCAGCCGUCGCCUUACCGCUUCUCCUGCGGCUACGGGACGCCGGCGCGGGACUCCUACUGCGAUCUCUUCAGCGACGACAACGCUAAUUCUUGCACAGUGAUGUGA